AUGGAUUGGACAGCAAUCAAAGGAGUAGUUGAUGAAUUGAUUACUGAAAAGCUUUCAGGUCUCCAGGAAGCUUUUCACGCUCAAACAAUUUAUCUCGAAGAUCUAAUCAACAAAUUAGAAGCUUCUAAGAAAGCUGAAAAAAGAACUGGAUCAGCUGGCAAAGUCAGACCAAAGCCGAAUGUCGAAGAUCAUUCUUCUCCAGAUAACCCAAAGCGGCCUAAAACUGCACAAGUCUCUUUAGGAAAAGAAGUCUUAACUGAAGAGGUGAAAAAAGAAAAAGAAGAAGAAGCCAAGAAAAAAGCUGAAUUCAAAGCGCAAAAAGAUUUAGAAAUCAAAAAACAUCAAGAUGAAAUCAAAAAGAAAAAACAAGAAGAACUAGAAAAGAAAAAAGAACAGGAGGAGAAAAAGCGCGAAGCCAAAGAAAAGGCUAAAGAAGAGGAAAAUAAGAAAAAAGAAGAAGCAAAAAAGAAAAAAGUUGAAGAAGAAGCAAAGAAAAAAGAAGAGUUUAAGGCAAAACAAGCCCAGGAAGCUGAGAAAAAGAGAAAAGAGUUGGAAGAAAAGAAUAAGCAGAUUGAAGAAAAGAAAAAGAAAAAAGAAGAAGAAAAGAAAAAGUCUGGAGAAGAAGAGAAAAAGGAGCCAAAAAAGAAAGAAGACAAGAAAGAAGAAAAAAAGAAAGUUAGCCCUACAAAGAAAAAAGAAGUAACCAAAAAAGCAGAAGAAGAAAAGAAAGAAGAGCCAGUUGCUGAAAUAAAAAUUGACAGGCCUUCAUAUUCAACUCUUGCAGAAGUGCAAGAAGCCCUCAAACAGCUCACAGAAAAUGGCUCUGAAAUUCCUGACCCUCCUCCAUUCACACUUUUAUCAAAAUCCAAAGAAGCCCUUAAAGUGAUCAAUAUUAUCGAAGAAGAGCUUUUUUACCUUACACAGCUUGCCCCAGUAGACACAAUUUUAAUAUUUACUCCCCCCCCUUCGUGAGUGAACAAAACAAUUUUGUUCACUCACGGAGGGGGGCUAAUUUUUUCUUUCAAAAAAAUUUAUAUAUAAAUUUUAUAAAAAAUAUUUUUUUUCUAAAUUAAAAAAAAUCCUAAUUCGCAAAAAUUGGAAAGCAAAUAUUAAUUUAAUUUAUAAAAUUUAUAUUUUAAAAAGCAAUUCGUUACAGAAUUAGCUCUAGAUUUCAUUAUAAUAAUUAUCAUUUAUAUAUAUAAUUUUUUUCCAUAGAAAAUGUUUUUUCUAUUAAAAAAAUUUUUGCUCACUCACGGAGAAUGGGCUUUUGGGCAAAAAAUAGCGAUUUUUCUAAUGGUUUUGCUCACUCACGGAGGUGGGGGGAGUUAGAUUAUUCUUCCAGCUUGCUGGCCAAUCUCUUCCAGAAAGUAAUGAAGAAGCUUGGGCUCAGUGUCAAACAUAUUUAGCUGAUAUUAGAAAUAAAGAUGCCCAUGAUGGAAAAACAUUGAGCGAGAUGAUUGAAGAAAAAGCGAGUACUUUUGAUUUCUCAUUUGAAAAUAUAGAGAAAUGUGAACAAUUAGCUAGAGGGCAUCAUGGAAAAUUAAACCCAAAUUAUCAUAAAGAUAGUUCCCCAUUAGCAGGAUGUAUGGCGUUUAUUGUGCGUGAUGGGCUGGAGUAUGCAGGAAUAGCUAAAAGUGAAGGGCCGUCAAAGCUGUAUGGCUAUCUUUUAUAUAAGCAAACUAAAUUAACAGAAUCAGCAUAA